AUGGAUCAGUACACCGGCUUCCAAGAUCAGGCAGACUCAGAAUUCGUUACAGGUCCCAACAUGGCCUCUUUCAGCGGCGCUGGCGAAGAUAUCCGCCACCAACCCCCAGCGCCUCGCAUCCAGGACGCCGCAGCAAUCAUCGGCGCUGGCGGCUCUCAGGGACAUCGCGCUCUAAUUGGCCAUUUCCAACCGCCAUUUCGAUCACAGGCACCAGUGCGCAUGGCGUCUACCCAAAAUGAAGCUUUGCGCGGUAUGCACAGCAUCGAGAACAGCCUUCAAGGCAAUGGAAUGCACUCGCAGCUUUUUCACCCCGACGCAGGCCAAGGCUUCGCGCCAUCCCCAUCGCAGCACUCUUCUCCAUUCACUGGCGACGGUAGCCUCGCUCACCCCUUCCAUAUUUCACGAAGCUCGCCAAUCCCAGAGGUUAGCGUCAGACCGACAGCGACCCCAGCGUCAGCGUUCUUGCGUCGCUUCGGAACUCUCGCGCACCUUUGCGAGAAGCAACAGACCCUCACAGAAGGAAACACAUACCGCUCUGCAGCCAAGGUCUACUUCUACGCCUCUGCUGGGCGUGCACUUUGGAGAUCCUAUGAUGCAGACACACGGUAUGCGCUUUCAAACGGCUGGGACAUGGACGAGGCAGCCUCCCACUUCUUAGUCGAAGCGACUGAUGUUCUCACGGCUAUGCGCAAGCGCCUUCACGACGUGCAUGGGACUGAUCGUUCCUCGAAGCCAAUGUACUACAACCAACCAUCAUCACCAGAUGCUGCAAAUGUCAAGGAGUACCUCUUCGAUCAGCUGUUGGCGAAAGCAAAGGAUGGUUACCCCGCAACUGAUCAUUUCGGCAUUCCUGUCGAAGCUCAGGUCGCCGUUGAGCAAGUCUUGACAGACCCCGAGUCACUUGGUGUGGAUGCUGCCUACAUCAUGUGCCUUGUCCGUGUGCUUGAUCCUGGUUCAAGCCUGUUGAUUGUGUCUGGCUCUACCAUGAGCGGAUUUGCUGCAAUUCUGGAAAAGCAGCUUAUCGAGGAUGGAUUUGUGCCAUCCUCGCAACCGACUACGAGAUCGGCAAGAGGCAGAUCUCUUGUUCCUCCAUGGAAGCAGAACAUUCCUCCAGCCGCGCAUGAUUCCUCGAGUGGCCACAGAGAGAUCCAAGCUUCUCCAAACCAGAUGAACCCACAGCCAGCGAUGGGAACCGACCCCGGGCCCUCUAUCUCAGUCUCCACUUCGCAGAGCGCACCUGUCAACCUACCGCCUCCRCCUGCUCCCACCAUUCCAAUUCCGGCCCCCGCUGUCAUUGCUCCACCUCCUCCCGUCGCCUACAUCAAUGGCCUCGGUCCAGUGCCGCAGACGAGGCCAAUCACACGAGCACAGGCUGUUCAGGAAUAUCUCAGCAGAUUCGAAAAGCCCGUCAAUCCCCAGCUGAAGGUCAAGGAGAGCAACGCAAAACAAGCAGCCGACCUUGCGAACGUAACGCAGAACUUUGACUUCUGGGCGGAUACGCUAUACGAAGCAAUGCGGACAGCAGUUCCGGGUACCUCGAGGUCCCAGACUACCGCAACUAACAGACUGGAGAAGGCACUAGCGGGCUGCAUGCCGCACAUCUCGCCGGCGGAGCUUGGCAAGCGUGUAACAGCACAGAUUGUCAAUGUGGUCAUUGAUCUACACACCAAUGGUACCGAGCUCACCACUGCCGAACAGGUGAGAAUCACCUCGAGAAGUGACGAUGAGACCAAGCCAAAGGAUCUGGCCUGGAACAUUCAGGAUCGACUUGGAGAAAUCGCAUAUGGCUUGAAGCACUACAAGCUAAUGGCGGCCGAUGCUGUUGACGACUCUCGCUAUGUGCACCGACUUGCCUGGGCACCUACUUCUAGCCGAGCAAUGAAGGAGAUGCAUGGCAAGAGCAAUGACACUAAAGCACAGACCAAGAUCGACCGAGACAAACAGCUUAACAUCCCAGCUGGGCAGAGGCGUGGACCGCGGACCUGA